UUGGAAGAGGGAGUUGUAUGUCCUUGUGAAGAAGUAGUAGAAGUUUGUGUCUGAUUGUCAGUGAUGGUUUUUAAUAUUCUUAACUGUUGAGUUGAUUUAGACUGAGUAUACAAACAUAAUACUUAAUUUUUAUGUUAAUAGUAAACUUUUACAUUUGCAUUUUUAAGCUACUAAGGUGCAGUGUUGUGUGAUGACGUAGCCUAGGCGGCGAGUAAAAAGACAGAAAACUUGGUUCUUAAAUAUUUCUUCAAGUAAAUUGUGUAUGAAGCCAUGAGUAUGGGAGUGAAAAUUUACCUCUCUUGGAUGUUUAAGCAGAGUAAAUAUAAAUGAAAUAUAGAAGUGUGUGUUCAGUGAAAAUAAAUAAUAAGUUGUAUAAACAAAAAGUGACAAGAGGGGUAUUGAAUGGAUAUUAGAUUCUGAAAUAAAAGGUUGACAGGUUUUAGAUAUUGGCCUAAGUUAUCUAUGAUCAGUAAAUAGGGCAUUUAUCUUCAGCAAAUAAAUAACACUUUUUUAAACAGUGUGAAAAUUAUACAGUACUGUGCUAAGAGGUGCUAGGUGUUUGAUUUUUGGAAAGACUGGACUUAUUGCUCCAUUGACAGCACAAUUUGGCCUAUAUAAUACAAUGCCUAAAAUCAAUUAUGAGCAUCUAAAACCAUUUUCAGAACCUGCAAGUGUAGCUGACGAAGUGAAGACGUGCGUUUUGUCAAAGAUUGAGGUGGCUGUGAUUUAACUUGGAAUGAUGCUCUUAAACUUCUAUCAAUCAUGUUAAUAAAGGUGGAGGUCUUGUAACUAACCGAUCCCGACACCGUCACUCCUGUCGCAAUGUCCAACAGUCAAAUGGUAGAUUCAUGUCUAAGGGUUCUUCAAGACAACCCGCCGGACAUGCCACAGUUUACAGGUCAACCUGAAAUCCAGCAGUCUAGUUCGUAUUCAGUGGACAUAUCUUAUCACCCGUCUAACGGACAUAUUGAUAACCUCUCUCCAAACUCUACUGCCCACCUGCCCGAGAACUCGACUGGAACGCUAGUUUCACGCACACAGAAACAUCAAACAACGCAACAAGUAACGACUGUAACAAAAGUGGUGCGAGAAGUGCACCAUAUGGGCCCAGAGGGCCAGUCCGUGCCGGUGGACUAUGUUUCGGUGCCGGUGGGUCUGCCAUACUCUGCUGUGCCACCCACCACCUCGCCCCACCCCCAUUCCCACCCUCAGUUCUCCAACUACGAACAUAUGGCGGGCCAGGAGCCACCUUUCCCUCCCUCCGAAUCAGGGCGACAUUACACGGAUCAGUAUCGGCCUACUUAUCAAGACUAUGACCACUAUCCGUAUCCAAACCAAGUAUAUCCAGGGACAUAUCCUGCUUACGGACAGCAGGACUAUAGCGAACGGCCCCCCACCCCUCCCAGUCCGAGCGAACCCAGCGACUCCCCCACGCCCCAACAUGAUUUUUUAAGAAAGGGGCCUCCAUUCCCAUCAGCAGGGUACGAUGAGUUAGAAGCGGCACAUAUCUUGCCACGCACAGACCACUACAGGAUAACUCCUUCUCCGGGAGGCUUAGGAGACAGAUAUGAUCAAAUGAGCAAUCCAUGGCCUAUUGAUGAUUCAGGUGAACCUUCACAAAUACCUCAUGGUGAUGUAGGAGAUUUAGUAGGCAAAGUAGUUUAUGGGUACGACCCCGUAUCACCGUACGGGACGCUGCAGCCCUAUAUUAGGAACGGGUCUGCAAACGAUGGCCACAACUACGAUGAUAGGCCUGGGUAUCAGGAGACAGCCUCCCCUUCAGUAGACGAUGACCACAGGGGAAUGAGAUGGCGAGACCCCAACUUAACCGAAGUCAUUAGUUUUCUAAGCAAUCCUAACAAUGUCAUCAAAGCAAACGCAGCAGCCUAUCUUCAGCAUUUAUGCUAUAUGGAUGAUCCAAACAAGCAAAAAACGAGAUCGUUGGGUGGCAUACCUCCUCUUGUAAAGUUGUUAAACCACGAAAGUCCAGAUGUAUACAGGAACGCAUGUGGUGCUCUCAGAAAUUUGUCGUACGGCCGACAAAACGACGAAAACAAACGAGCGAUCAAAAACGCUGGUGGUAUUCCUUUACUCAUGAACUUGUUAAAGAAACCAUCGGAUGCGGAAGUAAAGGAAUUGGUUACUGGUGUUUUAUGGAAUUUAUCUUCCUGCGAAGACCUAAAGAAGUCAAUAAUUGAUGAUGGGCUCUCCAUGGUAGUCAAUUUAAUUAUCAUUCCUCACUCCGGAUGGGACCCGACGUCUUCCGGAGAAACAUGUUGGUCAACAAUAUUUAGGAACACAUCUGGAGUACUUAGGAACGUAAGUUCGGCUGGCGAAUACGCACGUAAGAAGCUACGCGAGUGUGAGGGGCUGGUAGACUCUCUGUUGUAUGUCGUGCGCUCAGCUAUAGAGAAGUCCAAUAUCAGCAACAAGAGUGUAGAGAACUGUGUCUGUAUCCUGCGCAACUUGAGUUACCGCUGUCAGGAGGUCGAGGACCCCAAUUACGACAAACAUCCCUUGCCCACCCAGAGCAGAGUCGGACCUCCACCUAAAGGUCUGCAUCUCUGUGCAGGUGAAAACUUGGGCUGUUUUGGUGCUAGUAAAAAGAAAAAAGAAGCUCAAAUGGUGCAACAAAAAGAGACUGCUAGCACAAGCAGGAGCACGAGCAGAUCCGAGCCUAUCAAGGGUAUGGAGCUGUUGUGGCAGCCCGAGGUGGUGCAGUCAUAUCUGUCACUUCUUCAAACAUGUUCGAACCCAGAGACGUUGGAAGCGGCCGCCGGUGCUCUGCAGAAUCUGGCCGCGUGCUACUGGCAGCCUAGCAUCGAGAUCAGAGCUGCCGUACGCAAGGAGAAGGGUCUGCCAAUUCUGGUGGAACUGCUCAGGAUGGAAGUGGACAGAGUCGUCUGCGCUGUGGCCACAGCACUACGCAAUCUCGCUAUUGAUCAGCGCAACAAAGAAUUAAUAGGAAAGUAUGCGAUGCGAGAUUUGGUGCAAAAGUUACCUUCCGGUAAUCCUCAGCAUGACCAGGGAACGUCAGACGAUACCAUCGCAGCUGUUCUUGCCACUCUCAACGAAGUCAUUAAAAAGAAUGCAGAAUUUUCAAGGUCUCUGUUCGAGUCUGGAGGAGUGGAAAGGUUGAUGAACAUCACGCGGCAGCGACAGAAGUACACUCCAAGGGUGCUCAAAUUCGCUGGACAGGUUCUCUUCACCAUGUGGCAGCACCAGGAGCUCCGGGAGGUGUACAAGAAACACGGAUGGAAGGAGCAGGACUUUGUCACCAAGACUGUGGCCGCACGCAAUGCUGGGCCUCACUCGCCGAACAAUGCCAACAACACCCUCAACCGACCGAUGGCGAGCCAAGGUGGUACCCGCUACGAAGACAGAACCAUCCAGAGGCCUGUCAAUUCCGAAACAACAAGAUCCCCCGGUGCAUCCAAUAACUUCCCCACUAAUGAAGAGAUUCCAAUGGCAGACAUGUCGUAUCCAGAAGGAGGGACUCAUGCUCCACCUCCCGGUGGCGUCAGAAUUUACCCACCGGCACCGGUAAAGCCCGGAGAACCGUUGUACGCUCAAGUGAAUCGAGAAAAGAAGAAGAAUCGAGGUCCAGGAAACCAGAUAGAGGGAGGAGUGGCGCCGGGCCCUGGGGACAUGUGGGGUUACGAGGAGCAGGGAGCUCCCAACUCCACCCCCGCCGCCAAGGGGUUGGUGGUAGACGGCCACGGACACAUGGCAGCUCCAGCCCCGCCCGGGGGUGACUCGUGGGUGUAGAUCCCGGACUCAGUUUUCUACUGUGUAUAGUUUAUUUAUUAAUGGAUCAGUGCUCAGCUUGUUCCCAGACACUGCCUACUACAUACAGUGUUGUCUAUCCCUUUUCUAAGCAAUUACUUUGUACAUAAGGUAAGUCGCGUAGGCUGGCGGGCCGAGCCUCUGCGCGGGGACUGUGCCAUCCACCGGACGAUACGAUCAUACCACGUUCCAUUGUUUUCUUAUUGGGGACUCGAUGUAUUCGGUCUGAUACAACUGUAAGACUCUGCAUUCCAUUCAUGUAAUGUUAUUGUCGGUGUAUCGCUAUGUACAUGAAACCAAAUGGUCAGAUGUGUAGCUCUAUUUUACUUAUUUUUUAAUUUCAUACAAAGUAUAUUUUUUAUUUAUGCCUGACUUGACUUCGUAUUUAAGAGCAAGUAAUUUAAACAGUUUUAGUUUUAUAUACAAGACAUUCCGACAGUUUUUAUAACGGUUGAGUUGUUGACUAAGCAUGUAGAUAAUUGUAUUUAAUAUAUUUAUAUGUUAAUUAAAAUUGUUACCUUCUUAUAAGAGCAGUUUUUCAUUUUGGAUGAUGGUGAGUGAACAUGCUAUAUAGUAAAAUUUCAUGACAACUAUUUUAACUAUGUUUUUAAGACAGCUAUUACAAUCCACAUAAUAUAAUCUCGUUUAAAUGUGGAUGCAUAAAAUAAUUUUUAAGUGACAGGAUAAUUUAUACCGAUGUUAUUUCCACCUUGGAUUCCUGUUUAAGUUGUAUUUUAGUACAUCUGUUAUUGAAAUGUAAAUAUUUAGUGCAUUGAUUAAGUCCUUGCUUACUUGGUUUGGACAAACAGGAUGUGAUUAAGUUAGUAACAUUUUUUACCCUUAAAAGACAUUAAGGAAUACUCACUUUUGUUCCCAGAUUAGUAAAACAAAACUGUAGAAGCCUUUGUGUUACAAAAUAUGACACAAUGACAGUGAAUAGGCCUUUUGGCACAACAUUAUCAAGUGAAGUGAUGCCGUUAUAUUUGCCCAAACCCGACUGCAGUAAUUUGUUGAAAAUAAAAAAAUAAGAGUUUAAAUCUACAUAAUUUUAAGAUUUUUCUUGUACUAAAUAAAAUCCAGUACUGACAAUUAAUGUUAUUCCGAAUGUAGAACAUUUUAUUCAUAUCACAUAGUAAACCUAUCCUUAUUUAACAGGGUAGUGGAAUUUUGUAUUAAAUUGAAUAAUAGUAAAUAAUAUGCCUUCAAAUUAAUUAUUCAAUAUUUUAAAUAUUAACAGCAAACAAUGUGACUACAUGAAAAUAACUGACAAAUAAUUAAACAUUUCCACCAUCAUUACAAGUUUAUUAUGUCGGUUGCAUUUUUUUAUGUAAAAUUUUAUGUUAUUCACAUCAUUUAAACCCUAAAGUUCAUUUGAAUACCAACCAUAGUGAAUUACCAAUAAAAUAUAAAAUCAGAACCAAGAUAAAUAAUUACCUUUGCAUAUGUGAUGAUUUUUACUUAACUUUUAGAGGAUAUAAGGACACUUGACCAAAAAACAUUUAUGAAAGAAGCAGUAAAAGGAGGUUUGUAGACAAAUGACGCAAAAACUAAAUACAUGCAUUUUAGAAAAAGCAAAAAUUAACAGUAAGGAAGCGUCUACAAAUUGAUGGACACAGAUCUAACAACUUGAGUUAUAAAUAACUUUGGGUAAUAAUAGGAAAUCAUAAUUUGAAUGCACAUUUAUUAAUCAAUUAAAGAAGUAUUUCAUUAUCACACACCAAUAUGGUUACAGCUGCUGAAAAAUGUUAUGAAAUAUAACCAGGAAAGAGACUAUCCUAUGGAAGAUUGAGAUAGAUCUGGUGGAAGCAGGUGAACACCGGUAUGGUUACAGCUACUGAAAAAUAUUAUGAAAUGUAACCGGAAAAGAGACUCUCCUAUGGAAGAUUGAGAUAGAUCUGGUGGAAGCAGGUGAACACUGAUAUGGUUAGAGCUGCUGAAUAAUGUUAUGAAAUGUAACCGGAAAAGAGACUAUCCUAUGGAAGAUUGAGAUAUAUCUGGUGGAAGCAGGUGAACACUGAUAUGGUUAGAGCUGCUGAAUAAUGUUAUGAAAUGUAACCGGAAAAGAGACUAUCCUAUGGAAGAUUGAGAUAGAUCUGGUGGAAGCAGGUGAACACUGAUAUGGUUAGAGCUGCUGAAAAAUAUUAUGAAAUGUAACCGGAAAAGAGACUAUCCUAUGGAAGAUUGAAAUAGAUCUGGUGGAAGCAGGUGAACACUGAUAUGGUUAGAGCUGCUGAAUAAUGUUAUGAAAUGUAACCGGAAAAGAGACUAUCCUAUGGAAGAUUGAGAUAGAUCUGGUGGAAGCAGGUGAACACUGAUAUGGUUAGAGCUGCUGAAUAAUGUUAUGAAAUGUAACCGGAAAAGAGACUAUCCUAUGGAAGAUUGAGAUAGAUCUGGUGGAAGCAGGUGAACACCGGUAUGGUUACAGCUGCUGAAAAAUAUUAUGAAAUGUAACCGGAAAAGAGACUAUCCUAUGGAAGAUUGAAAUAGAUCUGGUGGAAGCAGGUGAACACUGAUAUGGUUAGAGCUGCUGAAUAAUGUUAUGAAAUGUAACCGGAAAAGAGACUAUCCUAUGGAAGAUUGAGAUAGAUCUGGUGGAAGCAGGUGAACACCGGUAUGGAUAGAGUUGAAGAAGAAGAAACAGGAUAUCAUUUAAGAUACAGAGAAUUUGUUGUUGCAGCUAACUAUCAAUUUUUAUAUAAAUGACUUUGAGAGUAAAAUGAAAAAGUAUGAAAGGAUACUGCUCAACUUAUACUAUUUUCAAAAUACAGCAUAAUAAUCAAAGUGAAAUACAAAAAUAUAGUAAUUUAGUUAUAUUAAAAUUCUUACAAAAUAAAUCGAGCAGUAACGUAUUUCAAUUAACCCCUUGACUGCCACACGUGUGUUUUCACAAGCCAAAGAGCUGCUUCACUACACAACGCCCAACAGCUAUAAGAUGAUACAUAUUGGCCUCUAGUAGUGUUUAUUUUAACUACAAUUCCACAGCAGUGCUGUAUGAUUGCUACUACACUCUGGCGGUCAACUAAGGAACUAUUAUGAAAGCACAAAGUGAAGUUCUACCUGGAAGUUAGUAACCAAACAUUAUUGUUUUCGACAUUUUUCAAUUGCGUUUUUGUAGUUGCUACCUCAAGUUUUGUAUUUUAUAUUUUAAUUGUGCUACAUAAGGGCUUAGCCCCUACAGUAAGGUUUUGAACGUUUCUGCAUAAGAUCUUGACUGUCUGUAAAUAAUGUGUUGAUUACUUCUGCAUAAAAUCUGUAGGGUGCUGAUUGUUCAUGUGUUCAUGACUGAUUCUCUUAGGAGUAAUACAAUUUUUGAACAGGAGAAAAAUAUUAUGAAAAUAUAUUAUAAAUAUGAUGAGCAUCAUCUCCUUAAAAAAACCCUACAACAUUUAUUAAUACACGUUAUGAACAUAAUAAAUAAUGACAUUGAAAUCCAUUCUUUUCUUUCUUUUUUGUUAUUUGGCUCAGGAUGCAACCAUUGGUGGGGUAUGUAAUUUCAAUUCUUUUGUCACAUCUCUUUUAGGUACUUGUCCUGAAAACAAGAAAAACAGAGAAAAUGUUUGUCAUCCAAUAAGAAACUAUAGGUAUUUAAAGUAAUCUUUAUGUUUUGAAAUCAGGUGCACAAAAAACGGCUGAAGACAAAAAAGUGAAAGUUUUACAGUAUUUAUUCAGAUUCUUUGUUGAAUAUAUUCUUUGAGAAUAGAAACAACAGUCAGAAGAAUUUUUAUGUUAGAAAAGUAUGUGAAGGUAUCAGUGUUUGUAAAACUUAGGACAUUUUAGUCAAAGUACAUGUAAUGUAUUUAGUAGUGUGCUUGACCACUUGCACAGGUGAGGAACUCACUGAUGCAGUAAAUGGAUUUGUCUAUGAGCCAGUGGUGCAGAGAUGUGCUUUCAGCUUUUUUUAGCUCUGUAGUAAGAGCAUUGAAGAGUUUUGCACCAGCAUAUCCAGGCUUCUUCUCAAAUAGAGUUGUCCUGUGUGUUGUUAGGUAGAAGUCAUUAUCUUGUUGGGUGUUUCGUUCUGAAUCUCCUUAUUUUUUGGCAAAUUAAGUCUUGAUGCCUCAUUUCCAGGAUGAACCACUGUCAGUCAGGAUCUUGCCACUGUCAAGAUUUUAAAAUUCUUUAAAGCCUUUCGAUAGCUGUCACAUGGCUUCAAAUUUGCUAUAAUCCUAAUGAAGGAUCAUUAUCCGGUGGAAGUAGUCACCUGAUGAGCCUUCCCACAUAGUCAUACCAUAUAUCACACGUGACUCAAAUAGAGCAUAAUAAGCUGUUUUAGUCGCUUUGUCAGCACUAAAUGAUCUUCGCUCUGUUUAGGGAAAAAAUGGCUGUGCUGAGUUGGGAACUUAGUUUAUCAAUAUGGAAAUUCCAUGACAAGUGAUCAUCCAGCAAUAUUACUGAUAUCCUUCUUGUGCCUUCCGUCUUGUAUGCAAAAAAAUAAAUGAAGAGAGUGACAUGUUUUUUAUUUAUAAAAAAUGCAAUUUUCUGUAACUACAUUUCAUUAAGAAACUUGUCAUUCUCUGAAUUCCGAACUUGUAUACAUAAUUAAAAAUUACACAUUAUCUUCAGCCGUUUCUCCUAGGAUCUGAUUAUAAAAUUGGCCAAAAUGCCCACUUUACAUGCCUAUAAAUUCUUGUGGAGUACUUAAAAAAGUUAAAACUUUUUUUUAUUUUUCAGGAAAUUUAUCUUAAAGGAAAAUGGCUAGAUGAUAAACCAAUAAAACCAGUUGCAUUGGUGCACAACAUCGUUAUUAAGUAAUAUAUUUGUAUAAAUAUUCAAGCAUGAACAGUCAGCACAUACAUAUAUGCUUGUUUGAAUGUGAACAAUUUUGGCUUUGGUUAUAUUUAUGCACAAAAUACUCUAAUAUUUGUACUUUGGUAAAUAAUACCUUAAGAAAUGAAAUAAUGUUUUUUGUCACUGUAAAAUGUAAAUAUUUUGUGUUUAUUUUAUAAUUUUAAUUAUAUAAAAAUUAAUUUAAAAUCUGUUUGGUUAUAUAAAUAUAUUGGAUUAUAGUACUAUUCCAUAUGUAGGUUUAUUUCCCUAAUACACCCAUUUGCACAUUAUUUAGUAGUGUUCAAUUUUGAUUUCAUCAAGUGCAUGAAAAUUACAAUUUCGGCCUACACAAAUUUUCCUACUCUGCCCCCAAAGGAUUAAGAUGUUGACGUGCUUCUUUAAGACGUUUAAGUACCCUGUAUGAGAUAUUUAUUGGACCUUCAUAAGGUUAUUAUUUUACUGUAUUUAUUGGUUUGGUCGUAUUAGUGUGACCUCUGUACUGAAUAAUCUUUAGUAGGUUAAUAAGCAUUUUAAUUUUUUUAAUGAGGUUUGCAGUGUUUUUUCUAAUAGUUUUAAUAGUGAAAACCUUAUAAUGAUGUGUAUUGGUAGGUAACCAAUAAACUCUUGAAUUUAAGCUAUUCACUCACCAUUAUCGAAAGCAACUUCAAACAAACAUCAAAUAGUGAUUAGGUGAACUGUAUCUGACGGAGAAGGUUUUCUAACACCAAUUGGUUUCUUUGUACACCACACACUGAAUCAAACCAAAUACAUGGCACCAUAUUAGAGUGUUAGAACAUGGUGUAAUAGUCAACUCGUCUUUACAUUAUUAUUAAGAUAAUAUAAUAUUAUUUACACAUAAAAGACCAUUUUUUCUUAGAAAAUAUAGUAAAUGUGUAUUUAUAUUGGAAUAAUUGUUUUAUUUUCCUUUAAUGAAGUAUUUUGUUGGUUUUGAUCUCUUUUUAUUGAUAGUUUUUAAUAAAGUGGCAUGUUCUACUGGUUCCGUCUGUUUUUAGCUUUUCUGUACAUUCUCAGUAUGCUAUGUGAUCAAGAAAUGUCAAAUUUUAUCUGUUAUAUGUUCUCUUGAAAUCGUUUAACUCACUUUUGCAGGCCUCUAAUAUGUUAUCUGUGCUAUCAAGUAGCAGCUUAUAUGAAAAUGCAGCAUAUUUUUAGAUUAUAGGUUGAUGGUCACUUUAUUGUUUGAAUUCUAGAACGUUUUGUAGCCAUUAUUGCGAUUUUGAUGUUUUCUCGUGUUACCUUUAUGACUUAUAUUCUCAACUCUGAACUCACUGGGGUGGAUUUUUUCAUUUACCUAAUUGGAGAACAAACCAACAAAAAUGGCUAGUUCAAUAUCAACUGGGUAAUUAAACCAUGAAUUGGUUACUUUUUUAUUUCAAUUGAUUUUAUAACCAUUUGUGUGGUUUUUUUUUGUUUGAGUGAACAGUACAUGUUGGUGUAAGAUAGUUUACUGUUUUGGUGUAAAGAACGAAAGAUAAGCUGUUGUAAGAUUUAGUUUAUUGUUUAUUCUUCAUGAUUCCACGUAAUUAAUUUUAGAAUUUUGUCCAUAAUUUAUUUUAUUUAUAUUAAAGAAUGCGUACAGUAAAUUGAUAAUUACAUGUUUACAUUUUUUGUGGUAGGGGUUAAAAUAAACUCUAAAAGGAACAAGAUUUUUCAGUGGUUGUUUUCAGCUAAAACCAAAAAAUAUUUUUUGACAAUGAAUACGUUUUUUUUUUUUCAAUGUUAAAAGAAGGGAAAUAUAAAAUUAUGGUUCAACAGUCAUUUUAGUAAAAGGGAUGUACGCAAAGUUUGGUUACAUUACAUUUAUAUCAAAAUUUCCAUGCAUUUUUUAAUACUUUACAAAGUUUUUCAUACAGUUUUUUAAUAAUGAGCUGUUAAAGAAUGAAUUUGUGCUGGUAUGAAAUUCAGAAAACUGAUAAUUUAGUAUUGGUGAAACGCAAGAGACUUGUAUGAUACUUAUAGAUCAGCAUUAAUGGGGUAAUUUGCAUAACAUAAUAUUUAUUUUCAGUUACAAACAAAUUCUCUAAAAUAAUUUAUUUGAAAUUAGUCUAAUAGUUUAUAAAUAACGUUGCUUUACUUGAAAAACAUAAUACACAAACGCUGCAAAGUUUUGAACAUGUAAGGACUGAGUCAGUAUAAUCUUGACAACAAAUCCAAAGUUUGUUUUGUGAGGAGAAGGUAUUCCUGAUAUUUAUACUUAUUAUUAAAUUGAUUUCUAGUGAUUACAACGUAGUUUAUGUUAAAGUAUAUGAUUACUUGUUAAUGGCCUAUUUAAGUUUUAAACUCUAUUGCACAAAGUUAGAAUGUGAAAAGUGGUUUCGGUUCAAAUAUAUUGUUCAUAAAAAUAUUUAAAUAAAGAUUAAAAUCACAAAUGUAUUUGUAAGUAGUUGUUUAGCCAACUCUUUGUUUCCCAAGUUAAUAUAAUAAUUUUGUGAUAAUUUUGUAUACUUUUUCAAGUUGUGCAUGCAUAUUACGUGAAAGAUGAAUUUUUAAAUAAAAGGUUAAUACCACUAUUCGUUAACCGCAAUUAGACAAGUAAGCAUAAUAUUCCGUUUUACCAAAGUGAAAUCAGCAUAAAUAAGAAAAUUUACACUUCUGUCACAAGGUAAAAUCUGAACUGUGACAAAUCGCAGCUACUGUAAGUUUGUUUUUAACGCAAUAAAAUUCUAACAGCCACGUUAAAAAACUCAGUAGGCCGAUGAAAGUGUAUAAGACAAGAAGUUUCGUUGCUGCUAGAGAAACUUAGAAUCAAAUCCCGGAACAAGUCUAAUAAUGUCUGUUAUCUUUACUGUUUGUUCUUAUUCAGGGUUCUCAAUCCUGACGUAAUGUUAAACUUAUUUUGUGUGAGUCAGUAUUUUGAAAUAAAUAUUGAAAAUACGACGUACUAUACGAUUAUAAAAUUUGUUGAUGUCUUACAUUGCAUUGUUUAGCAAAUUUGAACAUUUGAAUAUUCAAUUCUGUUACCCGUAUAUCAAAAUAUAUAUUUUAUUUGUAAAUUUUUUCCAACUGGGCUAGAUAUCUUGUACAAUGUUAGUUUUGUUACUAAAAGAGCCAAACGUUCAUGACACGUAAAUAGUUUUAUAAGUUGUGUGUAGUGUGGUUAUAUGAUUUGUAGAUAGUUAUAUAAAUGUACAAUAAAUUUACAAUGUGUAUAUCCAUAAGGGUUACAGCAGAUAGAAUGGUAUUUAUCAGAACAAUUGCAGAAUGUUAUAAUCUUUAUGUUGUAACUACGAAAGAUAUUUUAUUAUAUUUUAUUUUUAUGUUACUAUUGCUUUACAUAGUUUAUUAACUUUGCAAACAGAGAUCGAUGAUGGCAUUUGCAUAACGAUUGAACAGUAAUUCACAGUAUGUCAACAAUUAAAUUAUACGCGCAUACUUUUAAUUUCAUACUUAAUAAAAUAUUUGGAAUAAUAUAAUGAAGCGAUCAAUUCGAAAGUAUUGUUAUUGAUCAUACAUAAUAUUGUAUUAUAUUUGUUCUUGAAAUUCAAAUGUAUACCUUACUUGAAAACUUAUAGUAGCAAUUAAUAAAUUGAAUAAAAAGUUAUAUUUGAAAAAUAAUUCGUGUGGUAUAAAGGCAGCCUUCAAUCUAUCUGUUCAAUCUGUUUAUUAAUAAGAACAAUUUAUAUUGAUUGCUGGCCGACACCUGUAUUUCCACUAUCAUAUGGUACACAACAAUGUUAAAUAGCUUGUUGAAUGGUAAUUGUCUUAUCUUUACCUUAUGUUAAGGGAAAUGUUAUUAUUAUGUAAUAAAACAAUUAUUGAUUAUAUCACAAUAAAUAAUUUUUACAGGUCAAAGCCAA